GUCUAUCUCUAAGGCGAUUCCGUUUAGGAGCGGUGUAACGACAACGAUGUCGUAGUAUUAAUGUUCCGUAUUUGUACGUCAUAAAGAUUGUUCAAUGAGUGAUAGUGAAUUUCAUCUUAAACUGUUUGCUUUCAAUUAAAGUAAAUCUUUUCCGAAGGAUUUAGGACUAAGUUUGAUGGUGAUGAACCAAUAUUGGAGACUAGGCUACUAACCUCAAAGUAAACUGAGAAAAUACAGAAGAUUUGUUCAAGAUAUAGGAAAUUCGUUUAAACUUUUUGUAGAUUGUUCAUUAAAUGGCAGGGCCGAAAAGAAACAAAAAAGACACAGAUCGUAAAUGGAAAAAAAGGAAGAAGGAUGAAGAGGAGGAUUCAAACAAUGUAGAUGAUCCUGGUGAAGGAAACGAUGAAGAUGGAGUACCUGGAGCUGCAAAGAAGAACGCAGAGGCAGCUGAUCAGGGAGUUAAGGAGGAUGAGUUUGGAGCCAAAGACUACAGGGGUCAAAUGUCCUUAAAGUCCGAUCAUGCUUCCCGGCCGCUGUGGGUGGCUCCAAAUGGACACAUAUUUCUCGAGUCGUUCUCACCUGUGUACAAGCAUGCUCAUGACUUCCUCAUCGCCAUAUCUGAACCUGUUUGCCGUCCUGAACACAUCCACGAAUACAAGCUGACUGCCUACUCUCUGUACGCAGCUGUCAGUGUGGGGCUAGAGACUCAUGACAUCGUUGAGUACAUCAAGCGGCUGAGUAAGACCACUGUACCGGACGGCAUCGUUGAGUUCAUCAAAUUGUGUACUCUUUCUUACGGCAAGGUGAAACUAGUCCUGAAGCACAACAAGUAUUUUGUGGAAUCUCCAUUCCCAGAGGUACUCCAGAAGCUCCUCAAGGAUCCUGUGAUACAGGAGUGUCGUCUGCGGCGGGCCGUGGAUAAGGAGAAGGAAACAACACUCAUUCCUCAAGUUCUGGAGAACAAGGGGUUACCUCUGUUCCGAAGUAGCCAGCCAGUACAGACAGAACUUCCGCCCCCAACGGAUGAUGAGAUCAAAGAGGUGGUCCCUGAAGAUAUAACUGAUUUCUACGACAAGAUGGACAAGGCGGAUGAAGACGAUGAUGAAGAAGCUAACCUGAAGACAGUGUCUUUUGAAGUCAAUCAGGAAAAAAUAGAAGUCAUACAGAAGCGAUGCAUAGAGUUGGAACAUCCACUACUAGCGGAGUAUGACUUUCGCAAUGACACUGUCAAUCCUGACAUUAACAUUGACCUGAAACCAUCAGCUGUGCUGAGGCCGUACCAGGAAAAAAGUCUCAGGAAAAUGUUUGGCAACGGUCGAGCUCGUUCUGGUGUCAUUGUUCUGCCCUGCGGAGCGGGUAAAAGUCUGGUGGGUGUGACGGCAUGUUGUACUGUGCGCAAACGUGCUCUAGUCCUGUGUAACUCCGGUGUCUCAGUGGAACAAUGGAAACAACAAUUCAAAAUGUGGUCCACAGGUGAGUGGCUUCAGUUACUUUUAAGUUUGAAAUUAAAUUAAACAAUGAGAAGCCUUUUGAGAUGUG